UUGUUGGAAAUAAAUUAUUUGAUAGAAAAAAAUUCUUUUAUUUAAUUUAUCAUUUUUGUGUUGAUAGAUUGCUAAAUACUAAUUGUGUGCUCUGUGCUAUUUAAUUUGAUUUGGUUUGAUCGAUUGUAUUCUAACCUCCAAACGUCACAAUGUCAAAACAAUAUGGUUUAAUCGUCCCAAAUAAAGACAAAGACAGGGCAGUUAUUCAGCGUCCGUCAAUUUUCGAUGAGUCCGAUGAGGAGGAAUCAGUCCCCACGGGGCUCAAAAAAUCCCUCAAAAAGCAAGAUAAAAUUUUGCAAAAUCGUGCAGUUGAGGAAGAUCCCACCGUGUUCCAAUAUGACGAAAUUUACGACGAAAUGGACAAGAAACGCAAGGAAUCAAAAUUGAGUAGAAAAGAUCUAGACAGGAAACCUAAAUACAUAAAUAAAUUGCUUGCUGCUGCUGAUAGAAGGAAGAAAGAGAAUGAAAGACGUAUUGAAAGACAAGUACAGAAAGAAAGGGAGACGGAAGGUGAUGAAUUCAAAGAUAAAGAAGCUUUUGUCACAAGUAGUUACAAGAAGAAAUUGGAAGAAAUGAAAGAAAUGGAAGAACUAGAAAGAAGGGAGGAAUAUUUGGAAUCGAUUGGGGACGUGACGAAACAGGGGAACUUGGACGGGUUUUACCGCCAUUUGUAUGACCAGAAAGUGAAUUAUGAGGGGAAGAAAGAAGAUAAGAAACAAGAAACGAUAGAAGAUCAUAAGAAAGAAGAAACGAUAGAAGAUCAUAAAGAAGAAGAAACGAUAGAAGAUAAACCAAGUAAAAGAAAAUACAGGAAACGUCACAGUUCAGACUCACAAUCGGAAAACAGCGAAAAGGAGGAAGAAACAGAAGUGAAGAAAGAACAUCUCCCUUCGAAUCUAGACGCUGAUUCCGAUUUUAGUAUAGAUUCGUCAGACAGCGAGGAAGAAACUGAAAAGAAAGUCGAGGAGGAAAAAGUGGAAGAGAAGAAAGAGGAAAUCAAAGAGGAAAAAGAAGAAAAACCAGAACAAACACCUGAACCUCCUCCCAAAAAACCCAAAAUUGAUAUUUGGAAGAAAAGAACAGUGGGGGAGGUGUUUGAUGCCGCUUUGCAGAGGUAUUUCGAAAGAAAAACCUUGAGGGAGCUAUAAUUAAUUAUUUAUCUUAUUUUCGUAACAAGUAAAGUUUUGCUUAUGUGAAA